CCCAGCCCAAGUUCCAGCCCUGGAUCCUUCGCCCGAUAAAACCUGCCCGCCUUCCCGCCGCACCGCCUUCCCCUCCCCCAAACCCGGUCGCUGACCUCCACUUGCUCGCCCUGCCCGCCCGAUCGCUUUGCUGGGCCCUCUGCUGCAUCGCUGCAUCUGCUUCCGGUCCCCACCCGCCUCCCAAAAAACCUUGCCUCUGCACGCCCGUUUGCCGCCGCCAUGGUCCUGACGCUCCCUGAAACUCUGGCCAGCGCCAGCCUGUCGCCAAAGUCGGCGCUCUGCCUCUACGGCCGCUCGUCUUCCGGCAACCUCGUCAACCUCCUCUGCGAGAGAGACUAUGAUCUCUACGAGAUCCAUGUUCCCACCGAGUACGAUCGCCUGGUGUCGCCCGACAGCCCGAGCGAGUCUGCCCACAGCCAGGUCUCGAGCUCCAAAGAGUCCACGCCGUGCACCGACCAUGACCUCGAAACCUCCCUCGCUGCCCAGCAGCUUGCUGCCUGGACCCAGAUCCGCCACAAUGCAUCGGCCUUCUCGCCGGCGGUGUCCUCGACCAUGGCCUCCUGCAGCUCCUUCAGCAGCCCUGUCACCUCUCCCCAGGCCCAGGACAAGAAGCUUGGCCUCUCCGAGCGCAAGCGCUACCCUUGCGACUAUCCUUCCUGUGGCAAGACCUUUACGACCAGCGGCCACCUCUCAAGACACAAGCGGAUACACACCGGCGAGAAGCCUUAUCCCUGCCCGUUCCCCGACUGCCAGGCCCGCUUCCGCCGCCAGGACGGAAUGAACCAGCACUACCGCACCCACCUGCUCAAAAUCCAGAACCUGCCGCUCCCCAACCCCCGCGUCGGCACUGCCGUCAUUCGCCAUCUCGAGUCCGUGGGCAAGAGCUCCGCCCGCCGCUCGGCACGGAGGUAGACGGGGGCAGCCAAGUGCUUACCUAACUGCUGUCGCUUCCGGGCCGAUUGGCCUUUGGUAUACACAACCAUCCGAUCUCUGUGAGCAUCGAACUCUGUACAUAUAUCCAUCCAUCCGCAUUCGUUCACCGCCCUCUUGCUUUCUAUUCUUGCUUUCUAUUCUUGUUUUCUACUCUUGCACUCUCUGCAUCAUCCGAUUUUGUUCGAAAAGUAACGAAAUAAAAAACAAAAGCCAAACCGAAA